UCUGCGCAACCCCACCUGCGGGCCAGCUAUGCUCCGGAUGACUUUUCAUACGGCGGCUCCAUCGGGGAGCUGAGGUCGACGUGUAUCGAGGAGUUCCCUCCAGCGUUUGACUUUGACUCCUACGUGGAGACUCUAUCACAAGUCAAUGUGAUGUAUCCAGACUCCCCGCCACACUAUGAUGAAUGUGUGGGACCAGGUGCGACACAGAUAUACGUCCCCACAGAUGACCCCCCUCCGUACUCCCUCACGGACCCCUGUCAGCGGGGCCACCAGCAGGCCACCUACACCAGCCUGGAGAUGGAGGAGCCGUCCGCUGGAGCUGGAGCCUCUUGGGUGUCCGCCAGCAGCGCCGCCGCCUCCCACUACCCAAUCGGACUGCAUGAGCUCCGGCAGCAGCCAAUAUCCUCCAUCUCCCAGUCAGCGUUCCCCCUGGAGGAGGCGCCCCCAUACGAGGUGGUGGUGAGCAGGCAGAACCAGCCCAUCCCUCUGAUGCCCAUGGACCUGCUCAAACACCUCUCGGAGGACAGCCAUAGUCCCCAGAGAGCCCGGGCUGUCGCACACAGAAUCCUGUAGAGCUGACUGGGCUAGUCCACUCCUAUGCUCUUUGUGCGGACAGCCUGAAUCUCUCUUCCGCUUCUUCCAGUGUCCCUUUGUGCAUGACAGGCAGUAUCAAAAGAGAUGGACUUUCUGGACUGAAGCGGAAACUUUGGGUUGAACCUGAACUCAGUCUGCACCUUCCUUUCCUUCCCCCUACCUCUUGGAUAAGCUGUGUCCCCCGACUCCAAAGAUGUUACCCGCAUCACUCCUCACUCUCUCUCCCUACUGGGGCACUGCCAUGAAAUCACAGGGCUACUACUAGUUACCUGGGGCUGGGAGUAUGGUCUUUCUGUCCAGAGGGAAUUCACUUCAUACUGUACAAUGGUCUCAGUUUAGGAGGCAUUCACGCAUUUAGGAAGCAUUAUCAAAGUCUGUUUUUAGCACCAAAAAAAACAGUAGAGGUAACCUGAAGUGGUUUCACAUGGAUAUUCUGUAUGUACUGUUGGUUCUUGUUGUGUUGAAAUGGAAUUGCUCUUGAUUAAAAAAAACUAUAGCAAGAAUGCCUAAUUUCACAUUCCACCGCAUAUCCAUAUGGUUUUAUUAAUAUUUUCUACAUGCAAAUAAUAUUUGAUUUAUAUUUAGUUGACUUUAGGACUCUGGCAGUCUGUAAUUUCAACUGAUAAAUAUACCCCAGAACUUGACCUUUUCCACAGAAGGUUCUACAUGGAACCCGAAAGGGUUCUACCUAGAACCAAAUAGGGUUCUCCUAU